CGCGCGAGAGGGGAAGGCGGGAGAAUGCGAACCCCUGGCGGCGCCUCUAGCCGCGCCUUAUAAGGGCAGGGCCUCGCGCAUGCGCGUAGCCAGGCGACCAGGGGCGGGGGCUCCAAGUGGGUUUCGCUGUGGCGGCGGCCGUUCCGCCGGGCGCUGAGCGGGACCCGAGGCGGGCGGCUCGGUCCGGGUGGGUCGGUCCGGCCCGGCGGUGCGCCGGUCCCGCGGCAUUGAGCGGUCCGGCCGCUCGCGGGUAGAGGGGCGGCAGGCGGCAGGAGGCGGCAGAGCGGAGCGGGCCGGGCGGGGGCUGCCCCGUGAGCCGGUGCCGGCGGUGGAUGUGCGGCUGGAGCGGCUGCAGCGGGGGGAUGAUGCUGGCGGGGCCGCAGCUGGUGGCGGGGCCGGCGGCGCCGGGCGGGGAGCGGGCCCGGCUGCUGUCGCUGUACGUGCAGGAAUACCUGGAGUGCGUGGAGUCGCUGCCGCUGGACAUCCAGCGCAACGUGUCGCUGCUGCGGGAGGUGGACACCCGCUGCCAAGAAGCUUUAAAAGAAAUAGACGAUGUCUAUGAAAAAUACAAGUCUGAGAACGAUCCCGUUCAGAAGAAACGCCUGCAGCAGCAUCUCCAGCGUGCUUUAAUCAACAGUCAAGAACUGGGAGAUGAAAAAAUUCAGAUAGUUACUCAGAUGCUGGAACUGGUAGAGAACAGAGCCCGACAGAUGGAAACUCACUCUCAGUGUUUUCAAGACCUGUCUGAGAACGACAAGCCUCUAGAAAAGGCAAAGAUGGAGUCCUGCCAGCCGGAGAGAUCUUCACGUAGACCCCGUCGGCAGCGGACCAGUGAAAGCCGCGACCUGUGCCACAUAGCAAACGGGAUCGACGACUGCGACGAUCAGCCACCGAAAGAGAAGAGAUCCAAAUCUUCCAAGAAGAAAAAACGCUCCAAAGCCAAACAAGAGAGAGAGGUUUCACCCGUGGAAUUUGCGAUUGAUCCCAAUGAACCGACUUACUGCUUAUGUAACCAGGUGUCUUACGGAGAAAUGAUAGGAUGUGAUAACGAACAGUGUCCUAUUGAGUGGUUCCACUUCUCGUGUGUUGGACUCACCUAUAAACCAAAGGGGAAGUGGUAUUGCCCCAAGUGCAGAGGAGAUAACGAGAAAACCAUGGACAAAUGUACUGACAAAUCCAAAAAGGAUAGAAGAUCGAGGUAGUGAAUGCGAUUCGUGUUUUAAAGAGUCGCCCCUUUUAUAUUGAAAUGUUUAAUUUCCAGAGAAUGCUGUUUUAGGAGAUGCAUAAGACUAUGCAAUAAUUUUUAAUCUAUUAUAUUAACGGAGUAUUAAAAGCUGUCAUACCUUCUGUGAUCUUUAACUUUCUGCACUGAAUAACCAAAUAGUUGAAACAGGGUGGCUUCAGACCUUCACAGAAGACAUUACAAGCAUAUGGCGCUUGACUGCAAUUUAACCCCAUUAGUGUUUUAAAAACAACUUGUGAAUCUUGAAAUAAUGGUGGUGGGAAAGAUACUGGAGAACUUCUUGUCGCGUUAGGGAGGAGGCAGUGGGAUGCCUCACCUGACUGCUGUCAUCUUAACAACUGCAUUUGUUCUUCAUUCCAGAUCUUAAGUUUCCAGUUUGUGUGUUAACAUCACGCAUUUAGAAAUAGGGGUUUUUAAUUCAGCUGUAACUGUAAAAGUCUUCCGAGCUAAAAGCAGAGCUCUUCAGUGACUCUCACAUGACCAGUAUGUUAUUUCAAGGAAGAAAAUACCACUAACUUAAGCUCUUUUUUUUUUUUUGUCAAUAUUAAACUAUUGUCUUUGUGACUUUA